GGGACCAUCCCUCCCACAAUUAUUCUAAAAGUAUUACUAUUUUCAUUCAAUCUCUCACUAUGAGAAGCUGCCUUUGUUUUUAUCUCUUCGUUCUCUUCUCUUCUCAUAUCACUCCAACUAAGCUUUGGUCUUUGCCCCUUUAUCUCUUUCUUCUUUACUAUUUGCCCUUCCUGUCACUGUGAAAGAGCAGACUUUUUCCUGCUACUACUGCUACUGCAACUUGAAAAAUCCUCAAAGUUUUGUGUUCAUCUUUUCAUCACUUUAUUGUUAUUAUAAUUAGUUUAUUACUUGAGCUUGUGUGUGAGUGUUCUUUCUUUUUCUCUUCCCUUUUAUAAGGGUAUUGAUAGCUCAGUUUCACUUUCCCAUUCUCCUGUCAUUUCUUCACUUUUGGCUCCAGAUUCUGAAUUCUCGCCAAAAACCAACUUUAACAGUGCCUUUUGGGUGUUUGUGUUUUAAAGCUCUCCAUCUUUUGCAUUCUUUAUUCCAUUGUUUCAGCUGAAGAUUCUUCAUUUGAACAGAUACUAUCAUUUCAUUUUUGUUGUUUUUUCACAUUCUUGUUGAAGCUUUUUUUGGGUAGGUUUUCUUCUUCCAUGAGAGAAGUUGAAAUGACAGUACCUCAUUUAUUUAGAUGCCCAAUCAGUCUGGACUUGUUCACAGAUCCUGUCACUCUCUGUACGGGUCAAACUUAUGAUAGAUCAAGCAUAGAAAAAUGGUUAGCUGCAGGUAAUCUCACAUGCCCCGUUACAAUGCAAAAGCUCCAUGAUCCCUCUCUUGUUCCAAAUCAUAACCUUCGUCAUUUGAUUCAACAAUGGCGUCAAAUGGAUCACCGAUUUGGCCCUGAUUACUUCACUGCAAUCGACCCUUUAGUCUCCCUCAAGCACUGCCUUCAAUCCCCUCAAUCCACCUUCCAAGAAAAACUUGAAGCACUGCAAAAGAUCCAACUCCUUACCGAUCAAACACCUUCUACAAAUCCCUUUUUGAUCCAAAUAGGCUUCUUGCCUUUACUUUUGCAACUGAGUUUCCAAAUGGUAGACCCUGAAUUCUCCCAAGACUAUAUGAACUUUGUGGAACAAGGGCUUACUUGUGUUCUUAAGUUGCUUCCUUACGGAGAAUUAGAGAGUUUGAAUAUGCUUAAACAAGAUUCUAAAUUGGAAUCUCUUGUAGUCCUAUUCGAGCAUGGCAGUAUAAUUAUGAAGCAAAGCUUGUGCCAUCUCGUGGGGGUAAUUUCAUCAUCCUCAUCAACCAGAGAGCUUUGUGCAAUGAUUGGAAAACACCCAAGAUUCUUAAAUUUAAUCGUCUGUAUUGUUAACCAAAAUAAUGAGGCAUCCGAGACUGGAAUCAAAGCCAUUUCAGCACUGUGUUGCUUGGAGUCGAACAGGGGAAAACUAGUUCAACAGGGCCUAAUCGACGCCCUGGUAACAUAUAUUUUAAACUCAGAAAGGAGCUUGGCAGCAAUGGCAAUGGCGAUACUAGAGCAAGUUUUGGGGAUAGAAAGAGCAAAAGAAGCACUGAUAAAGAACCCAAACGGUGUGAAAGCAGUGGUGAAGAUGGUAUUCAGGGUAUCAGAUCACGAAGGAAGUGAAAGUGCGGUUAACUCAUUGAUGAUGGUGUGUCGGGAAUCAUUGGAAGCAAGGGAAAAAGCUAUAGCAGCUGGAGUUUUAACACAGUUGCUGCUGCUUUUGCAGAGCCAGUGUAAUGGUAGGACCAAAACUAAGGCAACAACAUUGCUGAAGCUGCUAUGAGCCAUAGGGGACCCAGGACCAAACAUUUACCAUACCAUGUGUUCUUUUAGGACAAUUCAUCACUGUGGGGCCUUUUUAUAUAUACUGUAUAUUAUAUUUAUGCAUAUACAUAUCGGUUUGUGUGGUGUAUUGGUAGGUUCCAUCUUUCACUUAUCAAUAUGCACAAAAAUAUCAAUUUAUGUAAGCUAUAGCAAUCAUUAAAGCAUCCAUAUCCAUUUAAUAA